CAGGAGCCGGGGGCUAGAGGAGGAGCUCCGCGCAGAGCGGCGGCGGGCACGGCCGCGGUGGGGCCGGGAGCUGAGGCGCCGGAGCGGGGCAGGUGCGGAGCCGCCAGCGGGGCGGGGGAGCCGGCGGGGCCCGGGCCCUAUGGUGCCGGGCGGGACCCGGAGCCCGCUCCCCGCCUUCCAAGGGGGCCCGCGGAGCGCCGCGGGGCAGCGCAGCCCGGCGGGCCUGGCUCUGGGCGGGCAUGAGGACCCUGCCGAUCCUGCUGCUCUCGCUCUGCUGGAGCCUGGGGCCGGUGAAUGGUGUCCAUCCAGAAUGCAGAUUUCAGCUGGAGAUUCACAAGGAGGAAACCAGGUGCAUGGAACUUCUAAAGAACGCAAAGCCAGUGGACUACAAAGGAUGUGUUGGAGUUUGGGAUAACAUCACCUGCUGGCGUCCUGCGAAGAUUGGAGAGACUGUCACUGUCCCUUGCCCAAAAGUAUUUAGCCUUUUUUCUGGAAAACCAGGAAACAUUAGCAAAAAUUGCACGAGUAAUGGAUGGUCGGAUAUAUUUCCUGACAUCUUAAGUACUUGUGGAUAUAAUGACUACGAAGAUGAUUAUAAGGUCAACUUCUAUGUGAGGGUGAAAGCAAUUUAUACCCUUGGACACAGCGUAUCUCUGAUUGCCCUUACAACAGGAAGUAUAAUUCUUUGCCUUUUCAGAAAACUUCAUUGUACUCGGAACUACAUCCACCUGAACCUGUUCCUCUCUUUCAUUCUACGAGCAAUCUCUGUGUUAGUCAAGGAUGAUAUUCUCUAUUCCAGCUCCAACACAGCUCACUGUCCAGAGGAUCAAACAUCAUGGGUGGGCUGCAAGGCAAUUCUGGUGUUUUUUCAGUAUGGUGUUAUGGCAAACUUCUACUGGCUCUUAGUGGAAGGGCUUUACCUGCACAUCCUCCUUGUGCUAAUAUUCUCCCCCAACAGACACUUCACCAUCUACCUGCUGAUAGGAUGGGGAAUUCCUACGAUAUUCAUCAUUACGUGGACAGUGACACGGAUCAUUUUGGAGGACACUGGUUGCUGGGAUACAAAUGAGCACGGUGGUCCCUGGUGGGUUAUACGAAUACCAAUUUUAAUUUCUAUUAUAGUGAAUUUUAUACUUUUCAUUAGCAUUAUAAGAAUCUUGCUGCAGAAGUUAAGAUCUCCAGAUGUCGGAGGAAAUGACCAGUCACAGUACAAGAGACUUGCAAAAUCCACGUUGUUGCUUAUUCCAUUAUUUGGAGUUCACUACACUGUGUUUGCUCUAUUUCCUGAUCGCAGUUCCAACAAUUAUAAAAUAAUCUUUGAGUUGUGUUUGGGAUCUUUUCAGGGGUUGAUUGUUGCAGUCCUGUAUUGUUUUUUGAACAGCGAAGUGCAGGGGGAGCUGAAAAGGAAGUGGCGGAGUUUGUGCUGGAAGCAGACAGCAGGCAGGGAUUACAGACUGCACAGCUCCAUUUCUCGAAAUGGGUCAGAAAGUGUUUCCCAGCUCCACAGGAAUUCAAGAGCUCACUCAUUUAUGCAGACAGAGACCACCAUGAUAUAAAUGAGCUAGAUCCCCCAAAACAUGAACAACUGCGGGAUAUACUGUUCAUCAUGCAGCUUGAUGUGAUAUUUUAUAAAAUGUACAGUUUAGUGCUUUGCUUUUCUACAUGUUGGUAUUUGGGGAAUUGGUUUGUGCAGCCAAGCUGUUUAUAAUGGAGAAGCCUGCCACAUGGGUGCUUUCUGUUUUGUUCAAAUGGUAUUCAUGUUAAUUCUGAUGUUCUCUUGCAGUUUACUAGCCGUAACAUUCAAAAAUUCAUUUUCCAUAAAGGUCCCUUUACCUUCUAAAAUGGCUACAAGAUCCAUACAGAGUAUCCUGCUCAACGCAGACUUCUUUGGCACAUGUAAGGGUUAAGAUGGGAAGCAAGAAAAAUUUUUAUACUUUAUUCAUACUAAAGGAAACAUUGCCUUAAGGAUUAGGAAAUUCUUUUCUAAUUACGGAAAAUAAAAUUAAAAAAAAAAUAAAUCUAAGACCAUAAUUAACCGCACUGGGAGUUCAGUGUGCUAAUCCAGGAAAUCGUGAACAUGAUUUACACAGAGGGGAAAAGGUAGUACUGCUAGGCUAAUGGUAUAACUUUCUGCAGAGUUUGAUUCCAAUCUUGUAGCUACUUUCAAAAGUGUUGAGUGUAAUGUUUGGGUGCAGAGUGUAGGGCCACCUUCACAGUCCAUACAGAAAAGAAUACUAUAUUACUUUUGAAUAUAGUAGUUCUCAGUUGUUCUCUUCUGUUUUAAAGUCAGAGAUUUGUGUUGAUCUUUCAUGAAGGAAUUUUCUGAAGAGGAAUAUUUUAUUGCUAAAGCAGUCUUGAAUAGGAUAAACAGCCUUGGAUAGCACAUUACACAUUGAAAAUACCAUUUUUUACAGUAUUAUCACUGAAAUCUGUUUCUAGGAACAACAUAUUUGACUGCAAAACACAAGGAAUAUUGCAGUGAACUUACAAUUCCCAUUUAAUGAAAAAUGUAAAUUCUUUUAGGUUUAUUCAGUUCUAUAUCUAUCUGAAACGCUUUAAAAAUUAGUCCUGACCAUAACUCCAGGGAAAAAAAAAGUUAGAUAGAAUCCCUAAAAAUUACCAUAAAAGGGAUUAAAAAAGGAAUUUUCAACAAUGCCAAGUCUCUUAUGUAGCCACAUUAAAAAAAAAAAGGCAGAGAACUGAUAGUCUUAUAAAAAUAUACAUAACAUUUCUACUCUUUAAAAGAAAUAAACCCAGUGAUGUUCUCUUCCCGUGUCAACACUUUACCAUGUCCACCCCACAUUACAAGUGGGAAUAAUAUGUAUUUGCAUGAGUACCUCCAUACAAACAAUUGCCCUCAUAUUUCAGACAAAUAUUUUAUGGAGCCAGCAGAAUCCAAGGUCCCUACUCUUGUCAGCUAAAGGGAAGAAGAGCAGCAAGGGCAUCUCUUGGUAGGCAUAUUUGUACAUCCUUGAAAAAUUACCAGUAUUACUGAGAAUAUUGUCAACAGCUGUCAAAGUGUCGCUACGAUUCUUGGUCUGAUUUAAUCCAGCUAUUUAGCAGUCAAACAAAAAUUCUUUUCAUGGAUUGCCAUGGAGUCAACAAAAAGAUUUGUUGGACCAAAGAUAGAAAGGGCUCCGUGGUUCACAUGACUGCUGCAGAACGUGGUGAAUGUUACACGACACCAGUAGGUAUCAUUUGAGUUAAACAAUCGUUCCAAGAAUUGUCACUUACAAAAAUUGAAUUUAAAGAAGCUAUUGAUCACUUCCAGAUUAUUCAUAAUGUUUUCUGUUUGGCAAAGUAACUAUGAGAUUCUAGAUGGAAGUAGGCUGCCCAAGGACAUUCACAUGGGGUCUAAAGAUGUGUCCCUACACACAUACUUAAACUAAAUCUAUUCCCGAAGAUUUUAGACUGAGGAAACACUGCUGAAGUUUAGUAUGUUUCCUAUAUCUCUGGAAAAACUUAUCACAAGCCCUUGUCUUCAAAUAUAUGAAGAUCCACUGGAGCUUUGGGAGCUGCUUUUACACCCAAAUUGAACACAUCUGUGCACAUUAGGAUUCUUUGUCUGCAGUGGCAGUGGGACUGCUCAGUUCCCUGAGAUGUGACAUGCAGGAUGUUCUUUUUUUCCCUUGAUUUCUAGGGUAGAAAGGCACAUGUGAGAAGCAUUCAAGUGUGCUCAUCUUUUUGCUCAAAUGAGGUUAUGUGAGCGAGCUGACACACAGACAGAAUGAUAGCACAGAAAUAGAUGUUGCAGGCAAUCAUUUCCAUCAGUCUGUUCUGCAUGAUGCAUCACCAAUUAUUUGUGUUUAUUACACAUUGUAUCUUAGAGAAAACUGUCUUUGUUCUAAUUAGGUGAGCAUGGAAAAAAUCUGCAUUUUAAUUAUUUCUGGGUUAUAAAAAAGAAAAACCUUAAUAAGAAAAUACAUUUUACAUUGCAACAAACCAGCAUUGUUUCCUUUAACAGGGUGCAGAUGCAUUUGGGCUUGAUUCUACUUUUCAUGUAGGGUGAAAUUCCCCAUGAGAAAUUUGCAGUGGAAGAGCACAGAGGUGUCACUAAGUUUGUGAAGGACAAUGUGGACAUGCAAAGAAUGGCACAUAGGAGAGAGAGGUGCUGUAUAUAUUUUUCUUUCAAACCAGUGAAAAGUACAGUAUUUUGGAGAACCUAAUCCCUCUAUUAAUAAUAUAAAUGCAGGUAAUCUGAAUACUGUUUUAUGAGACUGUUUAACUUCAUAAUGCUUUGUGCAACCAUUAUCAUGGCAGUAAAGACACCGAGGGCACUGCACUCACUUGUUUUUACUCCCAGAAAAUUUCUGAUUUUCAAAUAAUUUUAUGUUAAGUUACAGCAUCAACCCUAUUAUCACCAGUUUGGCUUUCAGCUGCCUUUUCAUGGACAGAUACACAUGAUAUAAAAAUGUCUGCAACAGGUGCAGAACAGUUUGACAAAUCUAGAACUUGGUCAAUGUUUUUCAUCUUUACAAUACCCAGAACAAGGCAGCUUCUCAUGGUCUUUCAUUGCAUUUUGCUGAGGAGUAUGGGAUCAAAUGCUCUUGCUCUGUGCUGUGGUGACUCUAAAGAACAAUGCAAUGUAACACCAUUUGGCCUUCUGGCAUGCCUAAUCCUAGUUCUCACUCCUAGCAGCAUCAGGGGAGGAAAUAAGAGGCUGCAAGACAAAUGUAACCUUUCCCUGCACCCCCCUCUCUUUAUUGCUUUACUGCCUUUUUCCCUUUGGUUGCAUCAGGGUCCAAACUGAGCUGUAAAGUCUUCAAGGCAGGAAACCUGUUUUUUUGUCCAUCCCCGCUGAAAAGCCAGCAGCACAGCUUGUGCUUACUGAACAAGCAUGGUGAUACAGUUCAAUCCCAGUACCAUGGUUAAUUGUUGUGCUUUACCUCCCCUGGAGGCACCAUUAAUUCUGAGUGAUUUCUGUCAGCAUUACCUGCUGCUGAUGCCUGAGGGACACAGUGACAGCUUGCUCUCCACUUACUAAACACAAUUAAAAAUAUACAUGGACACUGAGUUAAAUUUUCCUCUGCAGAGUCGAUUUCAGCUGGGUGCUUGAUAAACUCAGGUGAAAUUCAUCUGCCCUGGUUUUGGUGUCUAAAAACUGCACGCUUGUUUCUGACUUUUAAAGUGCCUUCCACAGUCAUCAUAGAGAAAUAGGCACUAGUUGAAGAUGACUUCUUCUGUGUUCAGCUGGGCUUCUGAGGCAGGAAAGCUGGACCUGGUGUUCUCUGUACUUAUAAAUUGAUCCUGGGGUAGCUGGCUAGUACAUAGAUUUCUCACUCCAUAGAUAAAUCAGGUAAGAUUGUGCCCCUCCAGAAGAGAUCAUUAACCUGCCUGGGUAAUAUUACAGAUACUGUAUACAGAUACAGAUAAUACAGAUAUUCCUUUUUAAGCUGAUUACCUUGGGUUGGCCAAACUUAUCCUGCACAAAGAAAUGUGCAGUGUAAUUCAAAAGGUCAGGCAGGGGAGGAUCCUGCAGUUCAUUUGGUCCUUCCAUGAUAAAGACCACAGCUUUAUAUCCCAUUUUGAUUUGCCUGGCCUCAGCUUCCAGGAGAUGUUUGUUGUUUGGGGUUAGGUGUUUUGCUUUUUGCCUUUUGUAGGGGGUGCCAUAUGCUAAAAGAAAGUGCUUUAUAGUACCCAAAAUUUUCUUUAUGUUGUACUACAAGUAGCCAGCUGAGGAAUACCCAAUCUAUUGGUGGCAAAUAGCAUUACAAAAAACCUUCUACAGUCAAGUUGGAGCCAUCCUAACCCACUCUGUAGCAUCUGCUCCAUGUCCUGAUUCACCCUAGGCUUCUCUUUGCCUUUAACGUGCUAGAAGGGAAAGCAACAGCCACAGACCCUCAGCAAACCAGAGACUCUGUCUGGAGCAGACUGAUGAAAUAAGGCAUUGUCAGGUGCAUGUGUCACACAGUCCAUGUGCAAAGACUAAGAUGAAUCAUAUGCAUCAUUUAUCCUCUAUUUUUCUAAAAAUCAUCAUCUGUUAACUGUGAUUUUGCCCAGUUCAGCAAAGUGAUUUGGGAUAAAGUCCAAAUUCAGCCUAUACAGAUUUUUUUCAGACAUCCUUAAGGAAAAAUCAAGCCCUAAAUAUGUCUGACAAAAAGAAAGAACUGGCAAGUAACCUGCAGACCAAGCUGCUAUGUGUAUAGGGGUCAUUGUCAGAACAAUUACUGUCUGUGCAUAGGGAUACAGCAAAUACCUUUACUAACAGAAGUACCUUCACGUUACCAUGAGUGCCUAUAUCAGUUGUGGGCUGUCAGUACUACCCUGACACAACCAAAUACAGAAGUUAGGAGGCAGUUCUAUUCUGUUGCUAAAAAAAAAUUUUAAAAGCGUUCUAACAUAUGUUACAAACAUACAUCAGGAUAACAUUUAGAAGGAGCAUUCUGUGAUAUGGUUUGACCACUCUGUGUUGAAUCUGGUUCUGCCCAAUGAUAGCAGGUUGUAGUUAAAUCUAAGUCAGGAACAUUUCCAUUGUCAGCUAAAAAAAGUGACUGAAAUGUCCCAAACUCCUCUAUUUCCCAAAACACUGUAAUAAGUUUAUGAUUACCUGCAGCUUUUUUUGUCCUGGCACAUUAAUAUGAGUACUACUUCAAAUUUCUCCUUUGUCAUCUUUGUUAUAUCUGUCAAGUAUGGUAAAAAUUAAAUAUGAUGUAAAUGAAUGUGAUUAUUUUUUACAAAAUGUACAGAUUAUGAUGUUGUAUAGAUUAAUGUGUGUAAAUAGAUUUCAUAUUGUAAUUCACUAUAGUUUUCUUCUGGUUUUGCUCUUUUGUUCUUUUCUGGUUUCAGUUUUUAAUGUCACAAACCUAACAGCCUCCUCUGAUAUGUUAUCUAUAAAGCUGUGAACAAGUAAGUGUUUACAUCUUUAUGCUAUUACAGAUAAUGUAGCCAAUAACACCAUAAUGGACUGAAGAGGAAUCAGAGAAUAAAAAUUUUAAAAGUUUUGCA